GGUAGAAGAAAAACCAGUGAGACUCUGAAGAGAGAGGGGGAAGAGAGAGAAAGAGAGAGGGUGGGGGAGAAAUUUAGGGUUUUGGCGGAGGGAGCGUUAGAUGGUCUGUGCUUGAUUCCCUAGAAUUUGGGAGGGAGAUGUACUUUGGUUCCAUGCGAAAAUCCUUUAAGGAUUCCCUGAAAGUUCUUGAAGCGGACAUUCAGCAUGCCAAUACACUGGCGUCAGAUUUUCCAAGGGAAUAUGAUGGUGCCUGCCUUCAGAUGAGAAUGUCAUACAGCCCUGCUGCACAUCUCUUUCUUUUUCUAGUGCAGUGGACAGACUGCCACCUUGCCGGUGCUCUUGGACUGCUAAGGAUCUUGAUUUAUAAGGUCUAUGUGGAUGGAACAACAACCAUGUCUGUCCAUGAAAGAAAAGCAAGUAUUAGAGAGUUCUAUGCUGUAAUUUUCCCCUCGUUACUGCAACUUCAACAAGGCAUUACUGAUAUGGAAGAUAAAAGGCAGAAGGCAGUGUGUAUGGAGAGGUACAGAAGAAGAGAUGAUGAAGAUUGCAGGCAGUUUUCAGAGAUAGAUGUUGAAAGGGAAGAAGAAUGUGGAAUUUGCAUGGAGAUGAACAGUAAGAUUGUUUUGCCCAACUGCAAUCACGCUAUGUGCAUGAAGUGCUUCCGUGAAUGGUCGUGGAGGAACGGUGAACUGCGCCAACAACGGUUUUUCACGUUUGCAUGUUUUCCUCGUCGACUCGGUCGACGAAAUUCUACUCUAAUUCGAGUUCUGCUCGACUGUUCCAGACUUCCAGGUACAAAUAUCUACUCAUAGAAGCGAUGACGAGUCUGCAAACUUAUGCCGGGCUUAGUUUAGUGGGCACACUUUCUAUAAUUUAUCAUGCCUUCAGCAGUAGAGGUCAAUUUUACCCAGCUAUGGUGUAUCUGUUCACAUCCAAGAUCAGUUUGGUGCUUCUUUUAAAUAUGGGUCUGAUCGUCAUGUGCAUUUUGUGGCAGUUAAUUAAGCACUUGUUCCUUGGGUCCCUCAUGGAAGCAGAAGUUGAGAGAUUGAAUGAACAGUCAUGGAAAUCCUUUUUGUGAUCACAAUAUUCCGACAAGAUUUUUCUGUUAUGUUUCUUGCAAUGGUAACUGCUCUCCUGUUAAUUAAAGCUUUGCAUUGGUUGGCUCAGAAGAUGGUUGAGUACAUUGAGAGUUUGAGACGACUCCAUCUGUUCCCAUGUUGUCUCAUAUCCGGAUUGUGUCUUUCAUGGGGUUCCUUCUUAUCUUGGAUAGUCUCUUCUUGUACAGUUAUUUGAAACAGACAUGGCAGGCUUCUGUUUCUAUUUUCUGUUAUGCUUAUGCAUUUCUUAUUAGUUAUAUACUUGAGAUUAAAAUGUUUCUUGCUAUUGAUUGUACAUUUAGAGUA